AUGUCUCUCAAGAAGAACACCAUUGUCCUCCUGACAAGUCUCAUAUCGCUCUCUAGAGCUCAAGACAACUUCAGCGGUGUCAACUACGCACAAUAUGUCAACCCAUUAAUUGGGUCCGAGGGACCUAUGCCAGGGCAAGCCUUUGGUGGAGGUGACAUCUUUGUUGGCGGUGCUGUGCCCUUUGGAGUGGUCAAGUUCGGCAUCGACACAUACGAGACCAACCUGACCUUAUCAACGAUCAAUGGCGGCUACACACCCGAAGGACUCGUCACGGGCGUGUCUCUUAUGCACGAGAGCGGCACCGGAGGGGCACCCAAGUAUGGAAUUGUGCACCAAAUGCCUCUCACCACAAUAACAUCUCCUGUCAACAUCCUGGACAACACAACAUAUUGGCAGAGGCGUGUCGGUAACGAGACCGCACAGAUAGGGUAUUACAGUUCGACGCUCGAGAACGGCAUCGCCAUUCGCCUCUCGGCAGCGAGGCACAGUGGCAUUGUCCAAUAUGACUACCCUCCAGGAGAAGGCCACGUCCUGGUUGACGUCUCGCACUAUCUACCAGGAUACGACGGGUACAACUCUCAAGACUUUCUCGGCGGAGAAAUCGAACUUCGUGACGGCGGCCAGCAGUACACGGGCUACGGCCAGUAUGGGGGCGGCUUCGGAGAAGGAGCGCCCAUGCGUGUCUACUUCUGCGGAGAGUUUGAGAAUGCUCCCGACCAAGCGCAGACGUGGAGGGCCCGAAACACCGAUCCAUAUCUUCGACAGCACGUCUUCUCGAACGAGCCAUAUGGAAUGCCCACGUACACCGGCAAUGUGAGCCAGCAAUCCGGAUUCCUGAAUGACCGAGUAGGAGCGGUGUUCAGCUGGACUGGCACGAAUUCGUCGUCUUCGAGCGUUGUCUCAAAGAUUGGUAUCUCGUUCAUAUCCGUCGACAAGGCGUGCACGUUCAAGGACGAUGAGAUCUCGUCCUGGGAGGUCAACGACACUGCCUCUGCCGCGGUCGAUGAGUGGAACACCGAUGUGUUUAGCAAGAUUCAGGUCCCUCUUGAUGCCUCUCAGAACGAGACCAACAUCAUCCUCCUGUACUCGAGCUUGUAUUUUAUGCAUCUCAUGCCAUCCGAUCGUACGGGUGAGAACCCGCUGUGGGAAUCCGACGAACCUUCAUUCGACGACUUUUACACCGCCUGGGACAUCUUCCGGUGCACGGUGUCGUUGUACCAUUUACUCCAACCGGACUACUACGAAGGCAUGAUCCGAUCGUUGAUCGACAUCUGGCGGCACGAAGGCUACAUGCCAGACGGUAGAAGCGGAAACUACAACGGUUUGACUCAAGGAGGUUCCAACGCCGACAACAUCCUCGCCGACGCCUACGUCAAGGGCCUACGUCGCGGCAUCAACUGGACGGCAGGCUACCAAGCGAUGGUCAAAGACGCCGAAGUGGUGCCCUACAACACGUUCAGCCCGCUCGACAUGACUGGCAGCGUCAAGGAGGGCCGCGGGGCCUUGUUCGACUGGAUCCCUCUGGGCUACCUGUCGGUCGACGGCAGUGCUCGCUCCCUCUCGCGCAGCGUCGAGUACUCCCUCAACGACUUUUCGCUUUACCAGGUGGCGCUCGGGGAGGCGCCGCAGGACGCGCAAAAGUACCUCAACCGGUCGGCGCAGUGGCAGAACAACUGGUCUCACGACGCUGUGAGCGUUAACACGACGCCCGAGGUCUUCACGGGGUUUCUGGCCCCUCGGCUCCAAAACGGCCAGUUCAACCUGUCGGGCUACAACCCUGCUCUCUGCGGCGGGUGCGAGUGGGACGCCAUCACCUACGAGGCCACUCCGUUCGAGUACUCGUUCGUGGUGCCUCACGACGUCGAGACGCUCGUGGCUUUCAUGGGCGGCGCCCCCUCCUUCGAGGCCCGCCUCGACUACAUCUUCCGGCCCAACACGUCGCAACAGAACCUGGGCGCCAACGGCGCCGGCAUCACCACCAUCAUGAACAUCGGCAACGAGCCGGACUUUGCCACGCCGUACCUCUACCACUACGUCAACAAACAACACAAGUCCGCGCAGCAGUCGCGCAGCCUCGCCAACGAGUUUUUCCACAACUCCGACUACGGCGUGCCGGGCAACAGCGACGCCGGCGCCCUCAACAGUUGGCUCCUGUGGCAGAUGCUGGGUCUGUACCCGAUAGUCACCCAGCCCGUUUACCUGCUGGGUUCGCCGUGGUUCGGCGACGUCAACGUCACCAUCAACAACAAUUCCACGUUGCGAAUCGUCGCUCACGGGCUCGACGACGCCAGCGCCAGUUACUACGUCCAGUCCGUCGUCGUCAACGGUCGGAAUUGGACGCAGAACUGGCUACAGCACACCGACGUCAUGGUCCAAGGUGGCACUGUCGAGUUCUUCCUCGGAACCAACCCGGUCGUGUGGGAGACUGGACCUCCCCCGCCUAGUCCUGGUCACGGCGGUGUCCCAAACCCGAACGGCACAUAUGCCAUGGCAGAGACUAUAGGUUACAAGAGGUUGAAGAGGCGAGAUCUGGGGAUUUGA